AUGUCACCCUACUGGCUCAACAACACCUGCAGCCCCUAUACUUCACAUAACGCGUCCUGCAUACUAGGAAACAUUGCAUCCUAUGCUAUCAAUGUCAGCAGUGUCAGCGUUGUUGUCGCAGGUCUGGAGUUUGCCAGACAGAACAAUGUCUGUUUGAGCAUCAAAAAUACUGGGCAUGAUUACAUUGGUCGUUCCAACGGUGAAGGAUCUGUUGCCCUAUGGACGCACAAUCUCAAGGACAUCACAUUCUUCAACUACAGUAGUGCCGUGUACACCGGUCCUGCAGCCAAGAUAUCCGCAGGUGUUCAGUUCUUUGAGGCCUACGCUGCAGCGGCCAGCCAUGGACUCCGAGUUGUUGGUGGGUUCUGUCCUACUGUCGGCAUGGCCGGUGGCUAUGUUCAAGGCGCCGGACAGUGUCCACUAGGAGCUACGUACGGACUUGCUGCUGACAACAGGCUGGAGUUCGAGGUUGGAACCCCAGAUGGGAGACAUGUUGUGGCAUCGCGUACAGAAAACCCGGACCUUUACUGGGCACUGAGUGGUGGCGGAGGUGGCACUUAUGGAAUCGUAUUAUCGUUGACGACCAAGGCACACCCUGACGGACAGGUCGCGGGAGGAUCCCUUGCCUUCGACAACACCAACGAAGAAUCUUUCUGGGCAGCUAUUGAGAAAUGGCAGCGUCAUCUCCUUCUUCUAGACCAGAUUCCGGGUUUCACCACUGUCUGGGGAUUUACUAACGCAUCAUUCAGUAUCGCUUUUGCGACUCUGUCCGGAGGCAAUGCUUCCGCGGUGGCUGAUGCGCUCUCGCCGUUCCUCAAAGAACUUGACGACCUCAGCAUCGUCCCUUCGUCGUAUGAGACCAGCGACCGCUCAACCUUUUACGAGCACUAUGAACACUACACGGGCGAUAUGCCCUAUGGGCCGUACACUACAAACGACGUCAUCGGCGGCCGUCUCAUCCAGCGUUCGACGAUUGAACAUAACGCAAUCAAUCUAGUUGCAGUCUUACGAGACGUCGUCAAGCCAGGCCUUCCCUCAGUGCGCGUCAAUGGCAUUGCCGCAAACGUAACACAUGCCCGCGCAGGAAACAGUCCAGGCGAUAACGCUGUUCUUCCAGCAUGGCGCGAAUCUCUGUACUGGCUCAAUGUUGACGUCUUGUUUGAUCCUGCAUCUUCAGUGUCAGACAUUCAUGGAAUCCAAGUGAAGGUCAACCAGUUCCAAGAUCGCCUGAGGCCUCUAACGCCUGGUGGAGGCCCAUACAUGAACGAAGGAACAUAA